AUGAGCGAAUAUCAAAAUCCAAUUCCGCCGCGGCACACCAAAGAGAUGAAGGCUUUGGUCUUGGGACUGCCCCGUACGGGCACGUCGUCUCUUUGCUCGGCGUUGACAAUUUUGGGCCUCAAAACGUACAAUUACUACGAGAUUUUUCGAAAUCAAGAACAGGGACAUUUUCAGCAAUGGUUGUCGGCCAUUGACGCAAAAUAUCGCGGCGACGGAGCGCCUCCGACCAAGGAAGACUUUGACCGAAUCGUGGGCGACUUUAACGUCCUCGCAGGCAGUCCUUGCUGGAUGUUUGUCGACGAGCUCCUCGCGGCGUAUCCCGACGCCAAAGUCAUUCUGUCGACGCGACCGCCCGAGGCGUGGCUGCAGUCGCUGCGGCAGACCGUGUUUGCGCUCCUCGGCAGCCGGACCUGGGGCGUCGCCUCGCUCGCGGACCGGUUCGCGGCGCUGCACUGGCGGCUCCUGCACCGCAUCUACUUUACGCUGUCGCAGGGCGAGGAGCCGUGGCGUGCCUGCGCCGAGCGCCCGCUGCUCCAGUCGUACCACGCGCAUAAUGAGUAUGUGCGCCGGAGGGUGCCCCGGAGCAGGCUGCUCGAGUACCGGCCUGGGGAUGGCUGGGGGCCGCUCUGUGCAUUUCUCGGCGUGGAGGUUCCGAAGAGGCCCUUUCCGCAUACGAAUGGCCGGACAAGCUUUGUGGAGACGGAGAGGGCGAGGUACUGGUCGCUCUGGAGGAAGAUGGGGGUAGUGCUGGCCAAGGGGCUGCUUGUAGUAGGAUUGGUAGUGGUUCUUGCGCGGAUUGCAUUCUCUCUUGUCUGA